ACUGAAUAACUUCACCAGAUAAAUACCAAAAAAUCCAAAAUAAUUACCAAGUUACAAGUACAAAUGCCGGAGCUGCAGCCGGAACUGUCCACCGUCAACGACGGUGACGAUUACAACUUGCACCGUCAACUCGCCGUUACUCCUGUCUCACAUUCCGUUUCUAGUUCCGUUAUCCCUCCGUUAUCUGUUCCUGCCGGUUGGAUUAUUCAGCAGGUCCCUCGCUCCAAUGGCACGCGUCUCGAUACGUACUACAUUGAUCCAGAAACAGGGCGAAAAUUUCGAUCAAGGUAUGACAUUAUGAGAUACCUGAAUCCUGAAGUAUAUCAAGCUACCAAACUGAAAAUCAAACUCAAACUCAAGCCCAAGCCUAAGCCCUUAAGAGUUGACUAUGAAAUUAAGAAUUCGAUGGAUCGAACGAUGAUCACAGCUGGAGAAAGUAUGAGUCCUAGAAGAAAUUGGAUCACCACAAAGUUUACUCUACCUGAAGAUUGGUUUGUGGAGAUAGUUCCUCGUAAGUCUGGAAAUACUAGUAGUGACAAGUACUACUAUGAUCCAAUAACUGGACGUAAGUUUCGAUCCCUUAAAGACGUGGAGAGAUACCUUAUAGAAGGAAUUAUACCUUCUAAAUCAGUAGCCAAUAGACUUACAUACAAUGAGAAGCCUUUGCAGACAAUUGGCUAUCGUAAGAUGAUCGACUCUGGUGGACAGACAAGUGGCUAUCGGAAGAUGAUCGUCUCUGGUGGACAGAUGCUAGAUUUUGAAGAAGGUAAUGAUAAUCAAUAUCAAUUGGUUACUGUAACCCCAACAAGGUCUCCAUCCACCUCCCAUUUUAAACUCCCAGAUGGUUGGAUUGUGGAAGUGGUGCCCCGAAAGUCGGGUAACCAUUGUGCUGACAGGUAUUAUUAUGAGCCAGGAACUGGACAGAAGUUCCGAUCUAAGACAGCUGUCCAAAAGCACCUAGCAGAGCUGGAAGAUAGUUCACCACAAUCAGUAGUACCAGAAGAACAAAUAGAAGACAAUGUACCCCUCGCCAGGGCUUUCAGAUCAGCUACUCCUAGAAAGAGGCGCAGUUCAUAUGCUUCAUGCAAGAAAAGAGAUUUCAGAAAAGUGCAAAAAUCAUCAUUUAGCAAUCCUCCAAGUAAGAUUAAUUGGGUUGUUGGUAGCACCGAAGCAGAAACUUGGAACGCUUUUGUCGGUGAUACACCGGUUUCUGAUUCUCUGCAGCAGCAAUGGGGAGAGAAAUUCACAUUAGCUCUUAACAAUAUCACUCGUAAUUCAUCAAUUUCAAGAUGCGGUAGCACAGGAACAAACCAAAGGCUGGCUUUUUGAGUUCUUAGUUCAGAUGAUGGCACAGACAAGUUUGGAGGUAUUUAGAGAAAGUUUUGUACAAAAGUCGUAACUAGUGAUGUUUAUGUUUUAGCAAUGCAUAUAUGUUAUGGUACCAGGACUUGUCUUGCCUGUUCAGCUAUCGGAUAUAAAAUGAUAAGUUAAUGAAUCGAUUGACAUGUUAUUAAGA